CAAGAUCCUCUGGCGGAUUGUAAAAAUAAGAAAGAAACGAAAGCUUCCGGACUAGUAGUUCAUCUUCGGCUAGAUUGAAAAUUGCAAAUAUACUUUGCACCCUUGGUAGCUUCUCAACGACAACUAGUUUAUAUAUUAAUCACAUAUUUCGAUAUGACGCGAUGGCUCUGACUGGUGACGUGAGUUCACGGUGAGGUCAUUAUUUUAUAAUCGCACAGCUGAUCGAAGGAAGUGUCACUGUAAUGAUGUAAUCAAACCCAGUAUCUGACAAUUCAACGACAAUGUUGGCAGGUUACAGUGAAGUUGUAGCUUUUAAUCAAAAUAUUCAGGGAGAUGAAUUCUUUUAUGAAGAUGACUAUGCAUUCAUUGAUGAGGAUAUGGUUAAACUUCCCCCACAUUUACAACCACAUUUUAGUAUACCACAUCCAUGGAAGAACAAUGCAAGUUUUGAGGAAGAUUUCAUCCUUAUAUCCGAGUUUUCUGAACAGGAAGGACCAAAACCGCUGAUCAGUAUUCCAACAGAAGCUGGUGGAAAAUUUGAUAUCAACGCUUUUGCAGUUAAAGUCAUGGCAGUUGACUACCAGAUGGUAGGAAGCUGUUCCUUUUCUGUUGCUAUGGAUACACACAUUGUUAUUGAAGAUGAACUGGAAGGGGCAUUCGCAUAUGUUCAUCAUUUUACACUGUACGAUAUCUAUGCAAGGGGAUUUGUCAGACCAUUCUGUAUGGCUUACAUCACGCCAGAUAAAAAGAAAAUUAUGGAUAAUUUUGAAGAACUUUUGAGGAAAUUCAAGAAAGUUUCAACCUAUUUCAAAUAUGGCAAUAGAUUAUUAUUUGUAAAAGACUUAGAGCACCAUAUAUUGGAUUUACAUUAUACCAAAGAUAAAUUUUUGAAAUACAAAAAAGAUGAAAAUAAAAAAGAAGAAGAUGAUAUCAAUGAUUCAGAAAUAGGUUCCUCAACAGUUGCUGAAUAUUUUACAUAUACUACAGCAGAACAUAUUGACCAUAAUAUUAAAGAGAUUAGUAACAUUUACAACAUUGUCAAGCCACUAAUGACAAACAAGAAACUUGAAUCAAGAUUUAAAAGAUUAGAAGACAAAGCCAGGGAUACUAAAUCAUGUUGUCUACAUAGUGCCACUAGAAUUUCACUCAGGGAGGAUGGUUAUCAUAGCGAUGGACCAACAACACCAUCAACUCCUUCAAAACGAAACAGCAUCCCUGAAUGUUGUUGUGCUGUAGAUGCUAUCUAUCAACCUAAGCUAGUAAAAACUGACUCAACAAGACGAUUUGAUAAAGCUCUUCGUACUUUACAUGAAUUAUGUAACUGGGGUGCUAAGGAAGGACUCAAUAGGCUUAGAAAGAUUCAUAAGUGUCACAGUAGAGAUCCAAUCACAGUGAGGGUUGAAAGCCAGGAAUCAGAUUUAAUUGAUCCACCUUCUACUCUUCUCACCAUUGGUCGAAGUGUUGUUAUUAAUUUCUUACAUAAUAUUGACCUGAGUGGAUCUACUUCAUGCUGGCCUUUGUAUGAAGUAUGUAGAUCUAAACUACGUUGUAAUUCGUUGAAUGAAAGAAAGUGGUUUGCGGAACAGCAUGAGAAUAUUUCUUUAUGCAGUUCAGACACUGUAGAUUCUUACAUAUCUUACUCAGAGGAUGGUACUGAUAGAUUACCACAAUCUAGUUAUGAUGCUGCAUUUGUUUUGGGAUCAGCAUUUGUAUCGCUAGA